CAGGAUGAGUGUAUGGAGAGUUAGUGGGUGUAUGAGUGUACAGAGACACACAUUAGUGCAGUGUGUCUUGGUUUGGGGGGGAUCCGGAUAUUGUAAUUUGUCCAGUGUGAGUGCUGGCAAACUGUCAGACUACUUCAGUGCAUGAAGCUGCAGGAAAUGAUCUGAGAGCUGGAAAACAUGUUCAUGAAGUGACACAAAAAUGUUUUCCAUUUUCAGACCCUUGUCUGCAGAGAAGAACCACGCCCACCCUGGCCAGGGACCCACGGGACAGAAACACCCCGGGAUGGAAGAGCUGGGGCAGAGACUCGUUGGAGUGGGACUGAGUACGGAGUAUUGGCUGCCCAAACUACGAGACAGAUUGGGGGUUACCUCUGCACAGGCUUUGGAACACCUAACGUACGAAGACUACCUCACGCUGGAAGGGGAAGUUCAGCACAAGUGGGAAAAGCAGGCUCUCCGAAGCCUUCUUAACAUAGCUGAGAAGAAGGCCACGAUGCAGCAGCUGCAGGGGGAGCGCGUGGAGGGGCUGAGGAAGAGGCAGGAGCAGGCGAAGUCGGCGCUGCAGGAGCUCAAGGCGAUGCAGGAGCAAGGCAGAAGCCGCCAGGACGAGGUUGUAAGGAGGAAAGAGGAGGAGCUGCGGCGAGCGAUGGAGGUAGCCCCCCAGUAUUGGGCCCCAUCUCAGAAGUCGCUGCGAGAGGUGGUGGAGAAUGCGCACAAGCAGUUAGACCUCCUGGAGCAGUCGAUGUCCCAGAGUGAGACUCUCCCUGACAGGGAAGUUGUGAGACGGGCGUCGGGGGGGCUGGCCCUGCAGGGCAUUUACAAAACCAGCCAGCUUGCUGAGAUGGUGGAGAAGCGCGAGCAGCUCCUAGAGCUCCCAGACGGGUUGGAGCUCUUUGGCCCAGAGCAAGGGCCCUUGUUUGAGACGAAGGAGUUUUCAUCGGCCACAGCAGAGUCCACGUUCACACGGACCAUGGAAACGCUGGGAUACAGCAUGAGCCUCGCAGCCAAGGGUGGGUUUGGGGGGUUUAGCGCAGAAACCAGCACCGACAGCAGCAGCUCUUCAGAGUCCGAAAGCACCCACAGGUCCCGCUCUGAGCGCACCUACCUCUGCACCACCAAGUACAGCUACAUCCCCCUGGCCUCCUGCUACUUCCCCAAGGACCGGCUCCGACUGUCCAGCGCCGCGCUGCAGGAGUUAAAAGAGAUCGAGCAGCUUUUGAUGUUGACAGGUCUGACAGUGACCACGGAAUUCAACAGUGUAACUCUGAAGGAGAAGACUAAACGUUUGACAUUUAUGAAAUGUCACAUGGGAAACGUACUGUCCAAUGAAAUAUCAAAUCUUCUUAGAAAGCACGGUGCUCAGGACAAUUGGGAAGUUCUGGAAAGAGACUUAAAUUGCCUUUUAAAUGGGAAUUUUAAAGCUGAGAAUGUUAGUUUGAAGAAACAGGAGAUAAUCAGAGAACUAGAAGACGUCUGUCAAAGAGAAAAGGAAUCAAAAAUAAAAUUGAAAGUGCCAUCUACUGGUGUUGAAACAUGUGAAACUAAUGAAAAUCAGGAGUUCUUGAAUUUAAUGAAACGACUUGGACUGGAUAAGUACUACCCUAGGAAAAUGGGGACAGCCACUUUCCAUCUCAUUACUGAGGAAUCCUUGCAGGACAGCCAGCCCCGCACAGAGGAUCAGCUGCCAUUUUGUUUUUUGCAAAAGCUGUUAAUGGUGGACUAUCGGGUCCGGUACCUGGUUUGUAAGGAUGAGGGUCAAACCAAACCAGCUAUAACAAGGGGGUUGAAUGCCACAGACAAAGAGUGUGACUCCUCAGAGACGUUUGAUGACUUUUUUGAUGAUCUUAGUGAGGGAGCCCAUGAAUCUGCUACAAGCCAGGGACACGUGCACCCAAUGGAUCUCCAGAUGGCAAUUUUUCACUGUGCCGAUGAUUUCAUGAGACAAUAUGUUGCAACGAAGCUCGCUUUCUGCCAGUUUGCACUCCCCUUGCUGGUGCCAAAUCCUCACACGGCACAAAUAGAAUUCCCCCUGUGGGCCCUGAGCCAGGUUCAAAAGAGCUGGAAAAGUGCCAAAAAGUCAGGAGAGCAGACCAGCAUUACAAAUUAUAACACACUGAUUUACCAAGCAGAGACGCCCCUGGUGUCCUUCACCCGGAUUGGCCAGUCGCCUCAUUCGUCUAAGUCCCAGAUCCUGAACGCCCUGCUGAGUAAGCACAAGCAUGACGUGUUUUUCCACCGUCACUGCAGGGGCAGCAGCAGAGACUGCCUGCUGAUGAAGGGGGUUGUGGAAAUCGCCUGGUACUGCCCAGGGGGAAAGGACGAUGACAGAUUCGACAAUUGUGUCGCAUUCACCAACCUGCACGGGGACGCCAGAGAGCACGAGCCACAGGGCACAUUCCUACAGGAGAUCGCGUCGGUCAACGUGGUUCUCUUGUCAGAUACGGAUCAGAAGGACACAAGGAGCAAAUCAAUUCUCCGUGAUCUCUGGCAAUCCCCAAAGCCUUUGAUCUGCCUUUUUGCUGAAAAGGACAAUACUGGGUCUCAGAAAUCAGGCCAGAACAUCAGAAUAGGCAUCAAGAACAGAAACGAGGCAGAAUUAAUAGAUGAAAUCACAGCAACAAUCAGAGACUUACUGGCAGGCUCCAUCACCACUCGUAGUCUGGAUGCUUGUGUGACUGCGGCUCGCCGGCAGGGCUUCCUCGUUGAUACAGACAAGGAAGAGUGCAAGGAAGCCAAGGCAAAGGCCCAGGAACUGACGGGUCUCUUGAAAGAGCAUCCCUUAGCAAGCAUGAAGGGAGAGCUCUUGCCUCUGCAAGGAAAAUUAUGGCACCAGUGGUGUAAGAAGGACAAGGAACUUACCCGCUUGCAUCAUAAAGGGAACAUAAGCAUUGAACAGCACCGGAGCCAGAUCGAAUCGGAGAAAGCUGCAAUACGAUGUGAUCAGCUGAGUAAGGCAUUUCCCCUCAAUACACUAAUGAAAUCAGUGCUGGAAUUUCUCCACUCACAUCCAGAGGCCUCUCAAAAGUACUUCCUGCAGUGGAUGAAAGUGUUUAUGGAUGACUUAUCCUCUGACCGUCUUGUAAAACUUCACCAGAAAUACCACACGCUAUGGUCUGAAAUGCUGGUAAAGAAAACAGAAGGAAAUAGGUUGAAAACUCAGUCGCAAGUGGAUUUAGAUAAACUCUCAGCUGAGAUCAAUGACUCUACAAUUGCAGGUCAGAUUUAUGAAGCGCUGGAUGCGAUGGACAAAAGAGAUAAUAGUUUUCUUAAACUUCCUCAAAUAGCAGUUGACCUGAUGGUGUCGGGGUAUCCCAUGGAGCUGAUGGACGGUGACGCUUCCUAUGUGCCACUGAAAUGGGUCAGAGCAGUUUUCAACUCACUAGUUGAGACGCUGGGAGACAGGAGGGUGUUUGUUCUUUCCGUGCUUGGCAUCCAGAGCUCUGGGAAAUCCACCCUCCUGAACAUCAUGUUUGGUCUCCAGUUCAGCGUCAGUGCGGGAAGAUGCACCAGGGGAGCCUUCAUGCAGCUGAUUAAGGUGGAGGAAAAUCUCCAGCAGGAUUUGAACUUUGAUUAUAUUUUAGUUGUUGAUACAGAAGGGCUUCGGGCCACAGAGAUAGCCAAUAAAUUGUCCCUUAGUCAUGAUAAUGAACUAGCCACCUUCGUCAUUGGGAUUGGUAACACGACAGUGAUCAAUAUCUUUG